AUGGAGACGAGUUAUUGGGGAGCAAACCCACCCACCGAUGAAUACACGAUGAAAGGACUGGUACAUGAAGGGAAACUACAUCGAAUACGACGAGAUAAUCCCCCCGGGAGAGUGAAAGAACUCCUCGAGCCCAGUGAGCGGCCACCACAACGGAGGAAAACGGCCCCCCACAGAGAACAGGACACGCUGCUCGCCAUGAGCAACCGAAGUUUCAUGCUGCACGCGCUGCAACCCAAGCACACCGUGAUUCAAUCCUCGACCAGCUGA